UUGGUUACUUGGUCAAUCAGUUUGUUACUGUUGUUUUGUGUUCGAACUUUUUCUUCUGAAUUAUUUCUAAAGAAAACAAAAAGUUCCGCAAUUUAUCACAAACUUUGUGCAGUGAUUAAUCUCGUGUUUCAAAACUAGUGUUAACAGUUGUGCAUGUCUAACAAGCGUAGAAAAAAAUUACUUUUAAUUUUCUCGCAAUCUGAGAUUGUGUCUCACGAUGGAAGUUUGCCGGACCUGCGGUGAACUGCCAGCCGAUCAACAUCAGCUUGGCCAGUCAUUGCAAAACUUUUCCGAUAUUUAUUUUAACUUAACAUCUAUUAAGAUUCUACCGGAAGAAAAUCCAGACAGGUUGAAAAUUUGUGAUGAUUGCCAUACAAAGUUACUGGAGUACAAUCGUUUCCGGACCAUUUGCUUACAAGUUCACUACAAACUAUCUGUAGUCAAAGAAGAAAAAGAAUCAGACCAGCUGAAUACAGAAACAUGCGAGCCAAUUAUAGAAACGCUGAAGGUAGAGAGCGUAGAACUAUCUGAAGCAGUGUCCCUCCCAGCGGACGACUUUGAAGAUGAUGUGAUAGAGACUGUCGAGGAGGAACAGGAUCCGCAAUUUAGUUCUCCAUCUGAGAACGAUGGGUCAAACUCCGAGCAUUCAGAUGCAGUCAAAUCGACUAAAAGGAAGAAAAAAAUUAAAACCAAGAAAAGCACGAAAAAUCCUGCUAGAAACAAAGAACCGUUGAUUGAGUGCAAACUUUGCGAUAAAAAAUUCCGAUCCGAAACUCGGUUUCAAGGUCAUAUGCGAACCCACCAGGGUUUGAAGCCUGCCUUGUGCACGUACUGUAACAAAGAUUUUCAGAAGUACAUUAGUUUAAAGUUUCACAUCCGACAGAAGCAUUCGGACGAACAGAUUAAGUUCCCGUGUGAUUUUCCGGGAUGUGAGCUGGUGUACUCGAGUAAGCAGUCAAUGACCAAACAUCGCAAGCGGCACGAUCCUAAUUUUGUCAUGCCGGAGCCCAAGCACAGCGUGUGUGAUCAAUGUGGAAAAACAUUUUCCACUACUGGUGCACUGAAGAAACACAGUUAUAUUCAUACCGGAGAUAUGCCAUUCGAGUGCAGUUUAUGCAAAAAGAGACUUCCUACGGCCCAUAAACUUAAAGAGCACACCAUGAGACAUGAGGGAAUCAAAAAUCACGUAUGCCCGUACUGCGGUCAGAAGAAGACAACUCGUCACGAGUUAAAAGUUCACAUGAAUUAUCACACCCGCGAAAAACAAUUCACUUGCCACGUGUGUGCGCAAGUUUUCUCAAAUAUCGGUAACAUGAGUCGGCACAUCAAAAUCGUCCACUGUGGAAUCAAAGCGUAUCCGUGCACUUACUGUGACCGGUCUUUCGGCAAAGCGGAGACUCUGAAGCACCACGUGAUGACUCACACCGGCGAGAAACCGCACGAAUGCAAGGUUUGCGGCAAGCGGUUUAUUCAGCAGGUGGCACUGCAAACCCAUAUGAAAACACAUAGGAAGCACGGCCAAAUUGUACCGUCGUCUGUCCCAGUAGCAGGCCAGUCAGAGGUUUCACCCGCAACUCAGCAGCAAUUGCAGCAACAAUUGCAGCAGCAGCAAGUUCCCAUGAUAGUAUCUCACGACCAGCAAAGCUCUCAACAUUCGUCAACGGACACCGGAUCACCGGUGUGUAUGGGUGGUUUCGUUCACUAGGGCAAGGCAACUAUUUCGAAAUCAACUGCUUUGUGUGUGUCGUUUUUUUUUUGUUUGUUUUUCAUUUAUUUAACCAGCCAUAUACUUUAAAUAAUGCCUUUAUUUGGAAGAAUUUGCUUUCGAGAUUGAUUGAGUUGAAUGCCUGGGUACGACUUGUUUUGUAAUAUUAAACACUGUAAAUAGGAUUGCCAAUCCGUGACUGUUGUCUUGAAUGCCACUGGAAGUCUGGAUUUUUUGUUCAAAGCAGUUCGUUUUCAAAGAAAAUUUGAAUAAAUAUGAUCAGAUUUUG